CAUGGCGUCCGCUCCUUUGGUUCGAUAGGGAAUCGCACCGAUUCGGGCUAUACCGGUUCGUGCCCUUCUCUGUUUACUCGAGCCGACCCAGUUAAAUUCCACGAACGGCGAGGCUUCAAGUAGCGCAGACGGAAAACACGAAUCAACAGCCGUGCGAGCCUGCAGAGCUCGUGCGUGGUUGCCCUCGCCGCUGCUCCCUGCGCGGGUACCGUCGCCGCCGCCGACGACAACGAGACCCAGUGUCGAUCAUGGCUAGCCUUGCUGAGUCUUUCUUGGCUGAUCUUGAUGAGCUAUCGGAUAAUGAACCCUGUCAAGAAGAGGUAAACGCAGAGGCAGUGAAUAUGGAAGAAGAUGUUGAUGGCAACAUCUCUGACCUCAUCAAAUCUGUUUAUUGCGACGAUCUUGAUAGUAUCUCAAAACUUCAGAAGACACAAUAUUAUAAUGACAUAAUGCAGAAAGUUGAAGAUGCCGUCCAGAGAGCCAUAACUGUUCCCAAUCAAGGAAGCAUUCUGGAGGACCUGGAUUACCAACUUAUUGUUGAUUGCAACGCUUUAUCAGUAGAUAUUGACAAUGAGAUCAGUACUGUCCAUAGUUUCAUACGGGGCAAGUAUAACCUUAAGCUUCCCCUAUUAGAAUCCCGGAUUCAACAUCCAAUUGAUUAUGCCCGUGUUGUCAAGAAGAUCGGAAAUGAAGUGGAUUUAACCCAAGUUGACUUGAAAGGUCUUUUACCUUCUGCGGACAUAAUGUGGAUUACUAUGACAGAAUCAACUAGUAGGGAACCUCUUUCUAAGGUAAAUUUAGUAAAAACUAAUGAAGCAUGUGAUAGAGCUCUUACCCUAGAUGCAGCAAAGAAGAAAAUACUUGACUUCGUCGCGAGCCGAAUGGGACACAUAGCACCCAAUCUUACUGCCAUUGUUGGCAGCAAUGUUGCCUCAAAACUAAUGGUAGAUGCUGGUGGUUUGGAAGCAUUAGCAAAAAUGCCUGCCUGUAAUGUGCAACUUCUUGGAGCAAAGAAGAAAAAUUCAUGUGGAUUUUCUAGUGCAGUGUCUCAGUUUCGUGCUGGUUAUCUUGAACAGACUGAAGUAUUGCAAAGCACGCCUCCAUCUUUAAGAACUCGCUCUCUUAGGCUUAUAGCUGCAAAAUCAACAUUAGCAGCAAGAAUUGAUUCUAUAAGAGGUGAUACAACUGGAAAAGCUGGGAAGAACUUAUUGGAAGAAAUCCGCAAGAGAGUCAGAAAAUGGCAAGAACCGCCACAAGCAAAGUUCCCAAAGCCAGUCCCUGUCCCUGACUCUGUUCAUAAAAAGAAGAGAGGGGGUCGCCGACUCCGAAAAAUGAAAGAAAGAUAUGCACAAACCGACAUGAUGAAGCUUGCAAAUAGAAUGCAGUUUGGCGUGCCAGAGAAGAGCUCAUUAGGUGAUGGCUUAGGGAAAGGGUAUGGCUUACUUGGACAAGCAGGAAGCGGGAAAUUACGGUUGUCAAUCGGUCAAAACAAACUUGCUGCUAAAGUUUCUAAAGGGUGAGCAAUUUAAUGUUUUCAUUUCUUCUCAUUUUAUCCUGAAAUGGAACUUAUCCGAUGUUAUGGUGGAGCAUAAAGUACAUUUCCAUUAUCAAGCCUGUGCCAACAUGGCUGAGAACUGCAAGGAUUUUUCUUCAAAAAUGUGAAGCUGGUCCUCAGUUAGUCAUAGUAAAGGUGCACAAUAAAUUUAUAUACAGGAAAGUAAUAGGAAAUACUACAGAAUUAUCAAGUAAUGGCUAUCUCUUAUUUUGUUGCAUUGGUACCUUGUUUUACUCUUUUCACAUGACUGAUUUUACUUCACUAGUUGUACAACAGUUACCAUUACAUCUUCAUACAUAUCUCUCACAGAUUUCAGAUUGUUUAUACGGAUGCAUGUUGUUCAUAUGAUCGUUUUGAUCCACACUAUAAUUUUAUCUACUUUGCUUUCACCAUUAAAUUUGUAUCGUCUGGAAUAUGUUUAUUUGUAUCCCUAAUAUUUUUGUCUCUACAACAUCAUUAAUUUGGUUCCGCAUUACUUUGUUUUAUCAGAUUCAAGGAGAACAAGUACGGCAGCAGUGGGGUAAGGUCCGGGUUGACGUCAAGUUUGGAAUUUACGCCAGUUCAAGGAAUGGAACUGUCAAAUCCGUUGCCCCAAGGUAACCUUCUUUUCAGUGGAUGCACAAGAACCUAUUUUUCAGAUGCAGGGGCAUUUUAAAGUAUCAAAAGGAUCUGAAAGAAGUUUGUUCAACACCCAUCACAAUAUUCGCACAGUUAGGAGAAUCCUUGGAGUGAUAAUUUUGGUCCAAUGAAAACCAGGUUUGCAAUAUUCGUUUCUGUUGGACAUAGGUUUUUGGCAUUCUUGGCCAUGAUUUUCAGUCACAAAUGUAGAUAUAGACCCUGUAUGCACUCACACUCAUGGUAUAAUUUGUACUUUAGUGUUGUUUCUUGAAA